CGCAACCUGCUGCUACCUGGAAAAAAGAUUUAAGAGUCUUGCACAUUUAGUGGACUUUAGUUCUACUGUGAAACCAAGAACUCAACUGAAACCAAAACUCAGGUGUUAAUGGCUCCUGGAUCUGGAUCGGUGUUAAUGGUAUCUGGAUCUCCCAACUAGUCAGUCAGAAGUGAUGAAGCCUCUUGGAUGAGAAGUGGAACGUCUUCAACGAACUCAAGCAUGUCCAGUUGCUAAGAUUAAUCUGCCAGAACACUCAGAGUGCAAUGUGGCAUCUUAAACUAAUUUGUUGGGUUUGUUUUCCAAAAACACUCUUAGAAAUAUUGUUCAAUCAGUCAGUUACAUGGGUCUCUGCUCUGUUUUACAUUCACCUCUCUGAAACACAGAGGUUAAUUGAAUUUAACAGUAAAAGCAGAGGUUCUUGGUGGAGUUUUCCUUUAACAUCAGGAACACAAACACCACCAUCUAGUGGAGAUACAAUAAACUAGCAGGGUUAUUUAAAUCAGCUCCACCCACAACACCAGGAAACGAAACUUAAAGUUUACAUUGCUGAUCAGACCAGAGACGCCAUGACAUGAAACUGUGGGAUCUGUACCGAAGAACACUCAAUAGGAGGACUGUGAGUCAAAGGGACUGUGUUGUGGUGAGUCUUGUUAUUGAAAACAAUUCCAGAAAUCAGUGGAAAUGGCUGAGAAAGUUGCUCUUCUUGAAAGCUACCUGAGUUGCCACGUGUGUUCAGAGACUUUCAGAGAUCCUGUGUCUCUGAGCUGCAGCCACAACUUCUGUUCAAGCUGCCUGCAAAAAUUCUGGGAACAAGCUCAAAACAGAAACUGUCCCAUUUGUAAAACUAAAUCCUCAAAGGAUGAUCCAUCCAUCAACUUCUCUCUCAGAGAACUAGCUGACUCCUUUGCUAACAGGCAGAGUGACAGUUCAGCUGAGAUGGAAAAGCAGAAAGAGAAAAAGAAGGAGGAGGUGGUGUGUGAUAAACAUCCAGAAGUUCCUUAUUGGUUCUGUGAGGACGAGCAGAGACCUGUGUGUCCUGUCUGUGAGUUUUCUCUCCACCAGAGUCACAAAGUGGUUCCUAUAGAACAAGCAGUCAGUGACCUGAAGGACCAGCUGAAAUCUGACUUAACGUCUCUGAAGGACAAGAAGGACAAAUAUGAAGAAGUGGACAAAACAUACAAGGAGGUGAUUCAACUCUCCAAGGAGCAGCUGUCGUCCACAGAGAGGCAGAUCAGAGAAGAGUUCAACAAGCUCCACCAGUUCCUGAAAGAGGAAGAGGAGUCCAGACUGGCAGCUCUGAGGGAGGAAGAGGAGCAGAAAGGGAAGACUAUCAGCACAGAGAUGAAGAGGAUUCAGGAGCACAUCUCCUCUCUGUCACACA